UUAAAUUAGACCAUAUUUUAUUGGCGGAUUGUAAUCGCACUGGCUUAUUGCUUUUGGAACGUCUUUAAUAACACUCAUACGGAUUUGACUCCAGAAGAGGAAUUAGAGGAACCAUUAAAUUAUGUCCGAUUCAUAUUGUUCUGCCAAUCUUGAAUGGAAGCCAUUGAUCGUGUUCGUUUUGCUUCAUUCCUUGUCGGGAAUAUUCGCCUUCUUUGGCAAUGCAGUGGUCCUUGUAUCGAUCAUCAAGACGCGCUCUCUACAAACCUUAUCCAAUUUCUUCCUUGCUUCUCUCAGUACGGCCGACUUGAUGGUUGGAUUGAUCAUCAAUCCACUUUACAUAACUGUUGUAUCUUUUGGAGUCUGGAUGAAUACUACACACCCCUUGUACAUAAUGGAAAACUUUAUGUGGGUCCAAUCUCUGAUAGCAACUGCCUUCAGUUUAGCAGCUGUUAGUAUAGAUCGGUACAUCGCCGUUACUCGAGUUUUUCGUUACCAAGAAAUCAUAACAAAAAGUCGAUGCAUCACAUCCAUUGUUUUUAUUUGGUUAUUCUCAGUCGCAUUUGCUUCGGUAACUCUGUUUACACCUGAAAACCACGCCGAUUUACUGUGGACAAUGUGUUUGAUAUUAUCAUUCGGGAUUCCAUUCAUUGUCAUAAUAUUCUGUUAUUUCAAUAUCUUGAAAACUUCUCGGUAUCAAGCACGGCGUAUCGCAGUGUUACACAGCCAUGAUGUAAAGAAACGAAAAGAAGUUCUACGAAACCACAAAGCCACCUACACUAUCGCGAUUAUAAUCUUAAUAUUUGUGAGUUUCUUCGCACCUAAUUUUGUGUUUUCCAUUUUAUCUCUUAAAACCGAUAACAAUUGCACUAUGAACAGAAUUUAUCGUAGCUGGUUGUGGUGCAUAUGGGUGUUGUUCACGUCAAGUGCUAUCAACCCCUGGAUAUAUGCUAUACGAAACACAGAGUUUAGAAGUGCUAUGAAACGGGUUUUACGAUUGAAGAGGUCUACUGCUGUAAUCCUCUCUCACGGACACCAGAGAUCUAAGGGGACACAAGCAAUGCAAGCGAACAUAAAGCUGUAAUCAUUCUUUACUCUGCGAAACACGGAGUUUAGAACUGCUAUGAGACGGAUUUUACGAUGAUCGGACAUUUUUAACUGAAAACUGAGCAGAAUAACAUUUUUCUUAUAAUUUAUGUAAAUUGGGAAGAUAAA